UUUCCCCGUCGACCUCGAGCUGCAGCGGAUCGGGGCGCAGUGUGCGCGCGAGGCGCGCCGCCGUCCGCCCGCUGCUAGCCUGCUGGUCGAGAUGCUGCGACGGCCGACCGUGCGCCGCGCGCUUCUGCUCGGCUGCGGUCUGCAGCUGUUCCAGCAGCUGACCGGUAUCAAUACGGUGAUGUACUACAGCGCCAGCAUCAUCCAGCUGGCCGGCGUGCGGGACGUGUCGCUGGCCAUCUGGCUGGCCGCUGUCACCGCCGCCGUCAACUUCGUCGGCACACUUGUCGGCCUGGUGCUGGUAGAGCGGCUGGGCCGUCGGCCGCUCACACUGGCCAGCCUGCUGGGCGCGGCACUCUCGCUGCUGCUGCUGGCCGGCGGCUUCCUGUUGAACGCGGCCGAGUCGCCGCCGGUGGUGGCGCCGCCCGGGUCGCCAGACUGCGACCGAGCCAACUGCGCCGGCUGCCAGGCGGCCGGCGUCACCAACGGCUCAUGCCUGCCGUUCGUCUCGCCGGCGAACGCGUCGGCGGCGGGCGGCGCGUGCUCGGCGCCCGGCCUCGUCUGGGCGGCCGACUGGUGUCCGGCAUCGCGCUCCUGGCUGGCCGUGCUCGGGCUCUGCCUGUACCUGAUCUGCUUCUCGCCCGGCAUGGGCCCGAUGCCCUGGACGGUCAACGCCGAGAUCUACCCGGCGUGGGCGCGCGGCACCGGCAGCGGCCUGGCCGCCUCCUGCAACUGGCUGGCCAACUUGGCCGUGUCGCUGACGUUCCUGACGCUGGUGCACGCGCUGGGACGCGCCGGCGUGUUUUUCCUGUACGCUGGCCUGGCCGCCGUCGGCUGGAACGUGUUCUUCCGGUGGCUGCCCGAGACGCGCGGCGUCCCGCUCGAGGACAUGGCGGUGCUGUUUGGCGGCGAUGGCGACGACCCGCCCUUGUCUGAGGAUGAUCACGGCGCAGACGGACUGCUGCAAGAGGAUCCGCUAGAGCCACCUGACGACGGCCAGUUUGAAGAAUAACCAUGACGACCGGCCGGCCUGAGGGAGCCGGCAACGCUGCCAAGUCGCCGCGGUGAUCACUGGUGAUGGUGCGGGGAGGCCGCGGAGGGGACGGAAAGAGUCAAGGAUAACCUCGGAAACCAAAGUAUUUUUAUACAAACAGGGCCAAGCAUGCGAAGUUCUGCGGACUGCGAACAAAUGCACGAAGUACGCGAACGGAUAACAUUAAUGGAAAUACAGACAUUGAUAUUACUUCUGUCAACCAAGGACAAAUAUACCGUCAAUUUUGUCGUGCGUGGGGCGGACGAGGUCGGGCCUUUAUACGGGCAUCUGUUUGCAGGAUUGUCUUGGUUUGUAAGGAGGUAGUGUUGUUCCGGGUACCUGAUGUCAGUGCUUCCGCGGCGCUCGGCCUGUCGAAGGGUUGUCGUCCAGCGCCGCGCCAGUGUGUUGUGAUACCAGCUGCUGAUGUGAUCUCCGCUGCGUUCGUCGCGCCCCGCCGCCGAAUCGCGGCCACCACGCUAUAAACACGUCUUCUCUUUGGA